AAACAUGGUCUGGCCAAUCAUUGCGCUGAAGCUCGAGAAGGAGGCGUGAGGCCGAGCUCGUCUGUGUGCAACCAACUAGCUUAUGCUCAACGGUAAUCGAUUGUGUGGAUUUUACAAAACGAGAAAUCGAUUGAGGAAAAAGAAAGGAAAAUAAUUUGCUGCGAAAGUUCUACCUGCCUCCAUGUCAUUGACAGUGCCACCAGAUCCAACUGCCACCAUGUCGCUGGAAGCGUCAACCCCAGCGCCAGACCUAGCCCCAGCACCAGACCUAGCCCCAGCACCAGACCUGGUCCCAGAUCCAGCCCCAGACCUAGCUCCUGAAUUAACCCCAGAUUCAGCUCAAGCCCCAGAGCUAGCUUCAGAUCCAGCCCCUACCCCAGCUCCUCCAGUCCCAGUCAUGAACCCGGGGUGUAAGAUCAUGACCUUCCGGCCAACCAUGGAGGAAUUCAAGGACUUUGCCAAAUACGUUGCCUACAUGGAGACUCAAGGAGCACACCGUGCAGGCCUGGCAAAGGUGAUUCCUCCUAAGGGCUGGAAGCCGCGGCAGUCGUACGACACCAUCGAGGAGAUGGUGAUCCCUGCUCCCAUCAUGCAGGUGGUGACGGGCCAGUCGGGCCUCUUCACCCAGUACAACAUCCAGAAGAAGUCCAUGACCGUCGGGGAGUACCGUCAACUGGCCAACAGCAGAACGUACUGUACUCCCCGACACAAGGACUUUGACGACCUGGAGAGGAAAUACUGGAAGAACCUCACCUUUGUUUCUCCCAUCUACGGCGCCGACGUCAGCGGCUCCAUCUACGACCCGGAGAUCGGUGAGUGGAACAUCGGCCACCUGAACACGCUGCUGGACAUGGUGGAGCAGGAGUGUGGCAUCGUGAUCGAGGGGGUGAACACGCCCUACCUGUACUUUGGCAUGUGGAAGACCACCUUCGCCUGGCACACAGAGGACAUGGAUCUCUACAGUAUCAACUACCUCCACUUUGGAGAGCCCAAGUCAUGGUACUCCGUCCCACCUGAGCACGGCAAGAGGCUGGAGAGACUGGCGCAAGGUUUCUUCCCAGGCAGUUCCCAGGGCUGUGACGCCUUCCUCCGCCACAAGAUGACUCUCAUCUCCCCAUCCAUAUUGAAGAAGUACAGCAUCCCCUUCGACAGGAUCACUCAGGAAGAAGGUGAGUUCAUGGUCACCUUUCCCUACGGCUACCACGCCGGUUUCAACCACGGCUUCAACUGUGCCGAGUCCACCAACUUUGCCACCCUGCGCUGGAUCGACUACGGCAAGAUGGCAACGCAGUGUACGUGUCGUAAGGACAUGGUGAAGAUCUCCAUGGACGUGUUCGUACGCUGCCUGCAGCCCGAGCGCUAUGAGCAGUGGAAACAGGGCAAGGACGGCACCGUGCUGGACCACCAGCGACCCACCACCCUCAACAGCCCCGAGCUGGAGCACUGGAGGGCCAACCGGGUCACUUACCGGGAGAAGCUGCUCCAGAGAGCUUUGCAGAAGAAGGAGCAGCUGCGCCGGCUGAAGCUGGAGGAGGUCAAGGUGCUGGCGGAAGAGGGCAUCGAGCUGGACGCCGUGGCCUACCAGCGGCAGGUGGAGGAGCGCGAGGCCCAGCGGCGGCAGGACAGGGAGGAGAGGAUGGCCCGCGAGGCCCUGGAGACCCUGGAGGCCAUGGAUAGAGAGGACCGGGAGAGGCAGGAAGCCCUUGCCGCCCAGGCCGCAAGAGGCCUACCAGACCCCCAGGUAGACCCGCAGCACUUGACGGCGAAUGGCGAGAAGAAGAAGAAGAAAAAGAAGAAGAAGAAGAAACAACCAGCCCUGCCGUCCGACCCCAUGAACUCUUUCCAAGCAGCUUUUGAGAAGUUUGCGACGUUUAAAAUCCCGCAGCCCAAAGGCAGCAAUGACACAGACCUACCAGCAGAGGGCAAGCUUGAUGUGAACGGUAUGCAGCAGUCAUCGUCUUACUCCAAGCAGCUGAAGAUGAGGAUGGAGGUGAAAAAGAGUCGCCGGCACCCCCUCAGCAAGCCCCCCAUGCGAUCCCCACUCUCCAUCGUCAAGCAGGAGACAUCUAGUGACGAAGAACUUUUCUCCCCCUGGCCACUGGAUGGCGACGUGAAGAAAGCAGGCCACUUGUGGCAGAACCGCACGCCCAACUUCCUGGCCGAGAAGGGUUUCAACGCGGCCGUGGCCACCCUGGAACCCUACUGUGCCGUAUGCACUCUGUUCUGUCCGUACACACAGAAGGACUCCUCCUACCCGACCGACAGUCCCGGUGCCCCCAACCACCACAGCGUAUCCCGCUGCGGCAGCCGUACCCAUCCGCUGGUCCCCGAGAUGUGUUUCAGCGCCGGGGCAGGCAACACCGAGCCGCCGCCCUCCAACUCUCACACGGGUGACGACGGCACCAGCCCGCUGCUCUCCUGCUCCUCCUGCAGCCUGCAGGUCCACUCCAGUUGUUAUGGUGUUAGGCCGGACACGGUACACAAUGGGGCCUGGAUGUGUUUGAGAUGCACAGCGCUCGCCUGGACAGCGGACUGCUGUCUGUGUAACUUACGGGGAGGCGCUUUGAAGAUGACCACGGACAACCGGUGGGUCCAUGUGAUCUGUGCCAUCGCUGUGGCCGAGGCCCGCUUCGUCAACGCCGUCGAGAGGGAGCCGGUGGACAUCAGCGCCAUCCCAGAGAACAGGAAGAGUCUGAAGUGUGUGUACUGCCAUAAAAACACCAAGCAGAUGUGCGGCGCGUGUAUCCAGUGUUCCCACGACAGCUGCUCCACCUCCUUUCAUGUCACCUGCGCUCACAUCGCCGGCGUGCUCAUGAAGCCCGCCGAUUGGCCCUACGUGGUGUCCGUCACGUGCCACAAGCACAAGAAGACCAAUCACAAGGCGAGGGCGGGGCCAAGGGGGGAGUUUUCUCUGGGCCAGAAGGUGAUUGGUCGGAACAGCGACGGCUGGUUCUACCCCUGCACCAUCAUCGGCAUGGCGUCGCACACCUUCUACGAGGUCAACUAUGAUGACGGCUCCUACUGCGACAACUUAUUCCCAGAGAACAUUGUGAGUCAUGACUGUCUUCGUAACGGCCCGCCAGAGAUGGGCGAGCUGAUGUUGGUCCACACCGCGGAGGGCAAGGCGCUCAACGCCUCCUACGUCAGGGACCACGUCCACAAGCACUACCAGGUGGAGUUCCAGGAUGAGUCACAGUUGUUACUGAAGCAAACAGAGAUCCAUUCGCUGGAGCAGGACCUGCCCAAAAGGGUCUGCGCCCGCCUGGCAAUACCAACCCAGGAAGGUAUUAUGUCAGGAGAUGAACCACAGGCAGCCAAGCGGCCUCGCCUCCCCGCUCCUCACCCCCCACCUCAAGCCCUCAUGGACUCAACGCAGCAGCACCUCGGACGCCACCCCCCAGCUACAGCCCCAGCACCUCACAGUAUUACACCCACUACCCCCAGCCAUGUGCCUGCUCCCCCCAACACUGACAUCAGUGCCCCUACCCUCACACAGGCUCUGGCAAUACCCAUCCCCGAGCCCACCCUUAACCCAAUGCCCGCUCUCCCUGACCCCUGUCUCGCUGACCAUCUCCCAGCCGCCCCCCUGCUGCCCCUGUCCCCAGACAUGCCCUCCCAGCACCAGGGCGAAGUCUACACGCCUAGCUCCAGCUACGUAUCCUACAUGGAGACUCUGCUCAAUGCACAUUUCCCCCCUCAGGAAAAGGGCCCCGGUCCCCUGUUUUAAUGAGACAUACCACUCCGCAGUGCUAGCUAGGCUCACAGGAGCUCAGCUAAUGCUAUGAAAUAACUUAAUCUAUGCUAACGGAAGCUAGCGGUUGACGAAGCUAACGGAGGCUAGCUAAUGGACAGUAGCAUCCGCUACACAGGAGUUGAAAACAGGGCGGCAGAGGAAGCCCUCCUCGGUUGCAUGUCUCUUCAUUUGAAUUUUCUCACUGUGGUGAUGGGCAGCUCCUGGAACUGCAGCGGGAGAGGGAGGCUUCCUCCGCACCUCUGUAUCUUUUCCAUUGUGCAAGACACAAUGUAUAGACAUGAAUAGACUCUCGCGAGCAUCAACGCCGUACCUCUCUGCAUCCAUUUAUUUACCCAUUUCUCACACUUUUACAGAAAGGAGAAACCCUUCAAAUGGGCACGUGACGUCAGCAGUCUACGUGCAAUCAGCUUUUUGAGUUGUUCUAUAAAACCAGCUACAAGUCUUUUUUUUUAAUUUUUUUUAAAACAUUUUUUAAAGAAGCCAUACCAACCGCUAACAAGGAAACGGAAAAUCAAAUGGACGGAAUAUUUGUGUACAGUUUCAAUAAUGUAUUUGAGUUUUUUCUUGCGAGAGGUCCUGGGGGAAAGGGUGGGGGUGUAUUACAGGGGGUUUCACAAGUAUUUAAAUGUCUUAGUCACAUAUUGAUAUAAAAUAUUUGUACAAAGAAAAACAUGUUCAAUGCAACCAUGGUAGUUGCACUUUGCCGUAAACUUGUCUGCAGAACCAUUGAAUUUUGUGAAGAUGUGUCGCAGUAGUUGCGAAUGUGACCUUGCGUCGACUAAACCCCAAAAUGGUCGUACACAAAUGGCCGUAUACAAACGGCUCAUGUUUUCCAACUCCAGAACUUCUACUUCUGGGCUUGUUUUGUAGCAUUCUUCGUCAAAUGUUAAAUCAAUGUUACUAUUCAAUUUUGUCUGUCUGUAUGACUAUUCUUUCUAUGUUUAUUUUGUGAAUAUAUAUUAACUAACCUCAUGAGUUGACGGAGAAAAUGGUUUGAUUAUCAAAUUGUGAUCCUUAUUUUUUUGAGAUUUUAGAACCAUAAAUUCAAUUUCUACUCCGGUGAAGAAAUGAGGAAUUUUCAAAUGGUGUGUUGACUCUUUAUAUAGGGUGCUGUAAGGUAUCCUGGACCAACUGAGGAAGCAUGUUUCUCAUACCCUUAGUCACAUUGUACAUAGUGCAAGCCUUGUGUAUGUGAAUCACAUCUGUCAAUGUCAUACUAGCCAUUUCAUUUAACUGUUAAAGAGGCUUUAUUUCAUAGGAAUUAAACAAUAGUUGCAAUGAU